AUGGAGAAGAGCAAGGUACCUCUGCUGGAGCCUGCUUGGCCGCCGGCGGACAUUGAUAGGCGGAGCAGCGCCGGGGGAGAUGAAGGUGAGGAGGAAGGGCUGGGACGGCGGCUGGUGGAGGAGAACAGGAAGUUGUGGGUGGUGGCGGGGCCGUCCAUCUGCACACGCUUCUCCACGUUCGGCCUCACCAUCAUCAGCCAAGCCUUCAUCGGCCACAUCGGACCCACAGAGCUCGCCGCCUACGCGCUCGUCUCCACCGUCCUCAUGCGCUUCAGCAUCGACGUCCUGGUAACUCGCAGCUCUUCUUUAUUUUGUUGUUCUUCUUUCGAUCGCUUUGUGUCGUCGUCUGUCGAGUCAUUUGAUUUACUUAUUGUAGUCACGUAGUGUUAUUUA